AUGAAAGAAUUGCCAAAGCAACGAGGCCGUUCAGGCCGUUCAUGUACGGAACAAUCGAUGCUGUUAUCUACGCCAUCACCGUCGCGAUGGCGUCGCUUUAAUGUGACACACAGACGGAACACGACACUGCGCCAAGACAUCUGGACUGUACUCCGAUUUCGUUCGUCUCUACAGCAUGGCUAUGGACUGCAACUUGCAUCGUAUAUAUUAGAGCUCAGUGUCCUCAUACUCGUCCUGUUGAACGUGGUAGUGGCUGUGUCCGAAUCCUCUGUUAUACCUGAUGCAAAGUUGGCAUCUUCAUCUAGUCCACCUCAGGGCAACGGCUGGAUGGAUAGUUUUCUGUUAGUGUCCACGAUUAUUUUUUCCAUCGAGUACGCUCUACGAUUAUGGUCGUGCGUAGAGGACGAGCGAUUCAGCAAAGGGUCAAUUCGAGGACGAAUGAUCUGGAUGAUGCAACCUCUUUCACUGAUAGAUCUUUUAGCCUUGUUCCCGUUCUAUUUGGAGCUCGCUGUGAAAUUUGACACACACGACCAUGGCGGUUUGACAUUACGAAGUCUUCGGCUACUUCGGGUCGUGUCUUUUUUGCGACUAGAGCGCAUGUACAGCGCUAUGAAGAAUCUUCAAGUGAUUUUUGCUCGCAAAAAAGAGGAGUUCUUGGUUGUGUCGUAUCUAACGGCAGUGGUCGUACUCACAUCGUCAUUGCUGAUCUUUUUCUUUGAGCACGUGGCGCAGCCUACUGUGUUCUCAAACUUUAGCGUUUGUGUGUGGUGGUCCGUCGAAACGAUAACAUCCCUUGGCUACGGCGACAUUGUGCCCAUUACGAGUAUUGGUCGAGUGGUUGCCGCCUCGCUCGCGCUGUGGGGUGUUGUUUUGUUUACCAUUCCUGGUGCAGUAUUGGGAAGUGGGUUUAUUGAGGUUAUGCUAGAGAAACAGCAUGAGGAGGAGGCUGAAUUGAAUCACUUGGCUGUAGACAAUGUUGGGUCGAGCAAGAAUAAUAAACCACCGUCUGUUGAAUGCUUAAGCGAGGGCGAAAACGCACUCUAUGGAAGUCAAUUGGAUACUGAAGCAGCAGUACAUUUGUCUGUUUCGACAAAUAAUCCAUCAACAUUGCACGCUGUGCCUUCGAUGCGAACUGAAUUUCUGUUUCAGAGGAUUGAGACCAUAACGGCAAGCCAGCACCGCCUGGAAACGCAAGCUCAUCAGCAUCAACAGCUGCUUGAACGGCUUAUACAACUGUUCGAGACCGUGCCUCCCUCAAAUGGUUUGUCAAAUGCGUCAAUGCGACAUAAUUAG